AGACCUCUCCUGGCCCUCUGGAGCUGCGCCGCCCGCGCCCAGGGUGAGACCAUGUGGGGCGGCCGCCGCCCGGCCGGAGCCUCCGGGAACGCCGCCUCGCUGCUGCCACUGCUGCUGGGCGCGCUGCUGGCGGCGGGCGCGCGGGCGGGCGGCGAGUACUGCCACGGCUGGCUGGACGCGCAGGGCGUCUGGCGCAUCGGCUUCCAGUGCCCCGAGCGCUUCGACGGCGGCGACGCCACCAUCUGCUGCGGCAGCUGCGCCCUGCGGUACUGCUGCUCCAGCGCCGAGGCGCGCCUGGACCAGGGCGGCUGCGACAACGACCAGCAGCAGGGCGCCGGUGAGCCUGGCCGAGCGGACAAAGACGGCCUCGACGGCUCGGCAGUGCCUAUCUACGUCCCGUUCCUCAUUGUGGGCUCCGUGUUUGUUGCCUUCAUCAUCUUGGGGUCCCUCGUGGCAGCCUGUUGCUGCAGAUGCCUCCGGCCCAAGCAGGAACCCCAGCAGAGCCGAGCCCCUGGGGGCAGCCGCUUGAUGGAGACCAUCCCCAUGAUCCCCAGCGCCAGCACAUCCCGAGGGUCUUCCUCUCGCCAGUCUAGCACAGCUGCUAGCUCCAGCUCCAGCGCCAACUCGGGCGCCCGGGGCCCCCCCACGAGGUCACAGACCAACUGCUGCUUGCCAGAGGGGACCAUGAACAACGUGUAUGUCAACAUGCCCACUAACUUCUCCGUGCUGAACUGCCAGCAGGCCACCCAGAUCGUGCCUCACCAGGGGCAGUACCUGCACCCGUCCUAUGUGGGGUACACGGUGCAACAUGACUCGGUACCCAUGCCACCCGUGCCCCCUUUUAUGGACGGCCUGCAGACUGGCUACAGGCAGAUCCAGUCCCCUUUCCCCCACACUACCAGUGAGCAGAAGAUGUUCCCGGUGGUGACGGUGUAACUCCCAAGAGGGUCAGAGAUGCAGACAGCCAACCUGCAGAGAUGCCUUGUUGUGAGAGGCCAUGCAUGUCGAUGGCAUUUGUGGCACGAUUCCUUAUGAUGGGUGCAUUUGCCCCAUACCACGUGCAAAUAUCUCUGCCUCAGCGUUUCUGGAUGUUCCAUCCAAGUGCCUGACUGAUGGAUGAUGGAAAAGCACAUUCACUGGAGCUGCCUCUGCUGUUUCUGAUGGUUACACAGUGACAGAUGCCUGAGCCCUUAAGUGCCCCCGAGGUACAGGUAUCAAAAGAAUCGUGUAAACUGAAAGAUUAAGGGUUUUAUUAUAUCAUUAUUAUUAUUAUUUCUAUUUUGUUUUUAUCUCCACAAGAUCAGAAUUGCUGUGACCUACCUACCUUUUUACUUGGGCCUUUUUUUAAUAAAUACCCAAGGUUGAGAGGAAGACAUAAAUUACGUGGCCAUUAUAAAAGGAAACCAACUUGAACACUCUGAAAUUCGUCAUUGAUCUCAGUAUUUCACAGGCACAUCUUAAUUUCAGUGUAUAAAAUAUAUAUGUAUUUUUUUGUCUAUUUUGUGAUUGUGCUUUUUUAUCUUCUGUAGAGAUCGUAUUAUGAAGUGAUUUUCUACAUUAAAAAGAGACUGAAAGAAAUUGUAUAGUCACUUAACUAAUGAAGACAUUUCAGAACUCUAGGAUUAUUUUAAUCUUGAAAGAGUGGGUGGUGUAGUAAUAAAACCAUUCAUCCCCUUCGAGGGUAUCUUUGAAUUUCCUGGCCUUCCAGUGACAUCUGAGAAGAUGCAAUAAUUAGAUGUUUUUAAAAUGUAAAUCAAACCAUCAGCUGCUGCUUUUCCAAGUUACUUCUAAUGUUGCCAUGUGGUAUAGCUUGGCUUUCAGAUCCUGAUUUCUAUAUAGUUCUGAGUGCAGGUAAUCGCCAGAGUUAUAUGAAGGUCAGUAUUUCUGCCUAGAUCUGAUAAAAUGUUUUCUUGUUUCACCUAUUAAAAAUUUUUUAAAAAUGCUUUACAGUAAUUCUUAGUAUAGCUUUUUGGCCAUAGUCUGAAACUUGGAGUGAAAUUUAAACUACAGAUACAGAUUUACGUUGCAAAUCAUGAGGCUUUUUAUACUCUCAUUAUCAAAAUGGCUUUUUUCAGGCAAUAGGGACUGUUCAGUCAGGAGAAGAGCUUUUCAAAGAGAGAUUGCCUUUCUUCCACCAACAAGUUGGGUCUUUGUUCUUGUUCCUCUUUCCUCAGCAAGAACUGUAUUCAUUGCCAUUGUUGUGACUUAUGAAAUUCAAGCAAAUUUAUUUGUAUAUUGUUUACUUAUAUAAAAAAAAUAAGUUUAAGUAUUUGCAAUUACAUUUCUAAAUGCUAGCCAAACCAAGAUUUGUAAUUAAACCUUUGUGAGGUGUGGUCUUUUACACAUUUUUAUGUCUAUCUUUCUGUCUCCUGACAAUAAUGUAAAGUCACUGACAGCAAUCAGUAUCAACAAAGAUACUAUAAUCACAUUCUUUUUUUAAUAACCAAAGGCAGGGGAAAAUAAUUUUACUUAUUAAUAAAUGCUUUAUGGUGUGAAUUUCUAGGGGAGUUGGUUUUUUUCAUUUUCUCUCUAGUUAGUAAUUUUUCAGAUGGUUUAUUAAGCCUGCUAAUCUGAUAAAAUUGCUAAAAAUCAUAAAUAUUGCUUUUUAAAAGCAAUAUUUGAAAAUGAUUGCUAUCUGAGAAGUUU